CCUUAAUAUACCGUUCGGAAAUAACUAGAAGGAAUGUGAAAAUUGCACCGCAUCCUGCAACACAAUCCUCUCUUUUUUAUACCUUUCCCUUCCACUAAACUUUCCAUGGCUGGAAAGUUUACAUUCCAGCUUCUUUAGAAGCUUCGCAGUUUUAACUGAAUGACUUAAUCUUUCUUAUGUUUCAACAUAUUAAGACGCACAACAAUAAAAGUUACUCAGGUUGCGUCACCGCAGCAGAGUGAGGUUUCCUGGAUGGAGUCGGUGUCUGUUUCCUCAUUCCUCGGUCAGUCCAGUAAAGGUUAAUCCAGCCUAACGCUGCAGUCAGACAGGAAUGUGAUUCUUCAAGUCUCCUCAAGGAGAAGGAGGAGGAGGAUUUGCUAUGUGCAUCUGGGAGUGAUGGAGGGAGGAGUCCCUGCAGGUGGGAGCUAUAAAGCCAGCGGGCUGAGGAUGAGCAGCCACAGAGAGCCGAGAAGAAGCCUUCAUCAUGGGGAACUGGUUUGUCAACAAUUGGUUUUCAGCCAUCAUAAUAUCGGUCUGGAUGGGCCUGAAUAUCUUCCUCUUUGUCUGGUUUUACUUCGUGUAUGAGCACGGAGAAGAGUUUUACUACACCCGUCAUUUGCUGGGGCCUGCCUUGUCCUGGGCCAGAGCUCCUGCAGCCGUCCUGAACUUUAACUGCAUGCUGAUCCUGCUGCCGGUGUGCAGGAACCUGCUGUCUCUGCUCCGAGGAUCCUUCGUGCGCUGCAGCAGAACAAUGAGGAAACAACUGGACAAAAACUUGACUUUCCACAAGCUGGUGGCUUACAUGAUCGCCUUGAUGACAGCCGUUCACAUGGUCGCCCACUUGUUGAACGUGGAGUGGCUGAACAACAGCAGACAGGGAGUUUACGACAACCUCAGCACCGCUCUGUCCAACCUGGAGGAAGACACAGACGAUUCAGACCACAGAACCACCUACCUGAACCCGAUCCGCAAAAACGACAUCGAUCCGCAGCAAAUCCCCACCUACUUCGUCUUCACGUCCAUCGCCGGCCUCACCGGCGUCAUCAUCACUCUGGCGCUCAUCCUCAUCAUCACGUCCUCCAUGGAGGUCAUCAGGCGCAACUACUUCGAGGUCUUCUGGUACACACACCACCUCUUCAUCAUCUUCUUCGCCGGUCUCGUCAUUCAUGGAAUCGGGUACAUCGUCAGGAGGCAGGAUGAAGAGUCGUAUGAAGAACACGACCCCUUGUUUUGUCACAACCGCACAGAGGAUUGGGGGAAGAUUCCUGAGUGUCCCAUCCCUCAGUUUGAAGGAGGGCCGGCUCAGACCUGGCGGUACGUGAUCGGCCCAAUGGUUAUUUAUCUAUUCGAGCGUUUGCUGCGCUUUGUUCGCUACAUGCAGAAUGUCCAGUACAGAAAGAUUGUGAUGCGGCCGUCCAAAGUGCUGGAGCUGCAGCUGGUGAAGAAGGGCUUCAAAAUGGACGUGGGCCAGUACGUCUUCCUCAACUGCCCGUCCAUCUCGCAGCUGGAGUGGCACCCGUUCACCAUGACCUCUGCCCCCGAGGAGGACUUCUUCAGCGUCCACAUCCGCUCGGCCGGCGACUGGACGGACAGACUCAUCGACAUCAUGGAGAAGCUGCCGGAGGGAGCGCAGGGGCCCAAGAUGGGCGUGGACGGGCCUUUCGGGACGGCCAGUGAGGACGUCUUCGACUACGAGGUCAGCAUGCUGGUCGGCGCCGGCAUCGGCGUCACUCCCUUCGCCUCCAUCCUCAAGUCCAUCUGGUACAAGUUCAAAGACAACGACCCCAAUCUGAAAACCAGAAAGAUCUAUUUCUACUGGUUGUGCCGGGAAACCCACGCCUUCGAGUGGUUCGCCGACCUCCUGAAGGCGCAGGAGAAGGAGAUGGAGGAGAGAGGCAUGGGGGAUUUCCUCACCUACAAGCUGUUUCUGACCGGAUGGGACCAGAGCCAUGUGAAUUACGUCAUGGUGAACAUGGAUCGGGAAACGGAUGUGGUCACUGGGCUCAAGCAGAAAACUCACUACGGCCGACCCAACUGGGACAAGGAGUUCGAACAAGUCCGCAAAGAGAACCCAACGUCCGUGGUGGGAACGUUCCUGUGCGGACCCGAGGCGCUCGGGAAAGUUCUGGAGAAGAAAUGCGGGAAAUACUCGGACGUGGAUCCUCGCAAAACCAAAUUUUACUUCAACAAGGAGAACUUCUGAGCCAAGAACAAAACGACUGUUGUUGAGCAGCUGUGACUGAGGGCUGGUUCUGGUUGGGGAGGAAACUCACAGAUCGCUAGUGACUGUAAAGACUCACAGCUGGCUGCAGAACCGGCCGGGUGGGUUUGACUUUUAAAUUCACUGGAAAGAAAGGAGCUGCUUGGGCAUUAAGCUCAGGGUUUGUCAUCUUGAAUCAUGAAGUCAUUUCCAGUAAAAGUUUUAUUGUUACCACAAAGUGUGAAGCUAAACAAACUUGAUCUGUAUAUUUAAAAACGCAGCUGGUUGUGCUAAUUUGGGAUAAUAAUGUGCUGAUUUAGUGUUGAACUAUUCAAAUCCAAACACAAAUGUAGAAAUGUUUAAAACUUUGCAGCUUUUCCUUUUUUAAAAUUACAUUUUCUACUGACUGCUGAAGCUUUUGUACAUUUAGCCUUUUUAAAGCUGUAAAUAUGAACAUAAAGUUUACAUAUCUGUAUACACGAUGUACAUCCUUGUUGUCGCCUCUUACUGGUUGAGGAAAAUGGUUUACUGGAACAGAAAAAUAAUAAAAGCUUUCCAGCGUUUCCUGAA